AUGGAGAACACUCACUCCCGUAGGCGUCAAUCUGCCGGAAUACCACCCUCGCCUCGCCUACAACGAAGCAAAAGCGGAACUCCGGCCAUAUCGCUACCGGAUCAGAACCAUUCACUCACGUCAAACUCUCGCCACCGAUCAAAAUCAACAACAAGAUCAAGAACACACAAAGAAGAAGAGAAUUCGAAUACUUUAACCAAAACUCCAAGCACCCAAAAUAAGCCUCUAGAAAAGAGACACAGUUUUGUCAAUUUUUUGCAAACAAGGUCAACAUCUCCUUCUCCUUCUGCAUGGGCGUUAUCUCCAGGGAGAUCUUCGCCUUGUUCAAUGGUUCCAAAUUCACCUAGCUCUGGCCGAGUACUGAAGAAGGAACUGAUCAGUGGUGGUAUUAAUGGGGUUUUGAAGUACUUCAGGCAGAAGAAGACGCCACCGAUACAAGAGGAAGGGUAUCAUCGGUUUCGUGUUGUGCAUAACAGACUGUUGCAGUGGAGGUUUGUGAAUGCUCGAGCGGUUGCUGCCAUGGCUGCUGUUAAGAUUGUUGCAGGGAAAAAGUUGUUUAAUGUUUGGGUAAGAAUCUUCAUAGUGAGAAACUCCAUGGUAGACAAGAAAAUUCAAAUGCAAAGAUUCAAGAAUGAGAUCAAACUUCAUCAGAUAAUGAGUUCACAAGUUUGUUUGCUCAAACAAUGGGCAAGACUGGAGAGCAGAAAUGUUGAAGCUGUGAGCAGGUUGACACGAAAACUGUCUGCAAUAUCAAUCAACCUCCAUUUACUCGAAGAUGCUAAGGCUGAUGUACUGUCAGUCCAUGAUGCUAUGAGCACGGCCACUGGAGUCAUGGACAGCAUAAUAACAACGAUCACUAAAUUUCACUCCCAGGUCAUUGGGUUUAAUGGGUUGGUUCAACGGCCAAUGAACCGGGCCACAGGACUACUUGAUGGACUGGAUUCAUGGGCCUUCAUUGGACCAGAAUCUUGGGCAUAG